AUUUCAUGCCACAAUAAGAGAAAGACAACAAAUCCAACCACCUUAUAAAUAUACAAAUCCCCUUAGUGCAACCAACCUCAAAAAUCAAAAUUAAGCUCAAAAACAUUAACACCUUAAACAAAAACAUGUAUGCUACUACUUCCUUUGUUUCACCACUCCUCCAUGAACUUGUUGAGAAUUUCCACUCAAGAAGGUUACUCCUUCACUCAUCCAAUUCAGCCAACCCUCCAAUUUCCACAAGCAUCCAUGAUUCAACUAAAGAAUCAUCAUAUGCUGGAGAUGGUAAUUUUGAUGCAAAUGUUGUUAUGGUACUCUCUGUCCUAUUAUGUGCUCUUAUUUGUUCACUUUGUUUGAACUCAAUCAUAAGGUGUGCAUUAAAAUGUUCCAAUUUAGUUGUGAUGAGUGGUGAUCGCUCCGCUAACAACAUUCCAGUUCGAGCGGCAAACACUGGAAUCAAGAAGAAAGCUCUCAAGAAAUUCACCACAGUUAGUUACUCAGAUGAGCUGAAAUUGCCGAGUUUGGACUCGGAGUGUGUGAUAUGUCUGUCGGAGUUCACUAACGGCGAUAAAGUGCGCCUUUUGCCAAAGUGUAACCAUGGAUUUCAUGUUCGUUGCAUUGACAAAUGGCUAAGUUCGCAUUCGUCUUGUCCGAAAUGUAGACAGUGCCUUAUUGAAACUUGUAACAAAAUUGUUGGGUCACAAGGUAGUUCAUCCCAACCACAACCUAUGUUGUUUCCGGUGCCCGAAACAAUUGUAACUAUAGCACCACUGGAACCUGAAGGUUUGGUGCGUAAUUAUAGGGAGGUUAGCUAAUUUAAUCAGCACUGCUUUCUUCUUUGAAGCUGAAAUUAGCACUUUACUUUAGAGUUUGUAGAAUGUCUUUUAAGUAGUUCUAGUUUAGACUGAGUCAUCUUCCAGAUCAACCAUAAUCAAUGUAGUGGUUACUGGUCAUGAAUGAUUGGAUGUGUAUAGUGUUCAAACUUUUCAGAAUUUGUUUUAGUUUUACCUUUUCUCUGCCUCCUAAAUUGUAUAAAACAAGUUCAAAUUGUAAUUGUGUUAUUUUCAGUUUUACUCCAAUGUGCUUUAUGUUAAAAA